AUGCCACGCUGUCGUAAAGAAAAAAAGAUUCCGUACAGAGAUGAUAUGGUGCAAAACGUAAGAAGUUCUUUUAUUAGAGAAGGAGAAAGUAACUUGCGCAAUUACUCGGAACCUGUUGACGAUCGCAUGAAACAGGUGUUUUACAGAGGUGUGCCAGAAAAUGUUAUGAAAGAACAAAUACAUGGACAACGUUUCUAUAGAGGACAGCCAACUGAGGGUCAAAACAUGAAUAAUUAUAUGGAUACAUAUGAUCGUAUGAAACCGUCAAAUAUGUACAACGACAUGUCAAAUAAAGCAAGGUCGUAUUCAAAAUGGAAUGAUUACGAUCGCUCGCGUCCGAUCAAUUCGUACAAGGUUGAAGAUAUUUCAUACAACAGUAGAAAUAUUCGGGACGGAUUCGAGCCACAAAACGCCUCUCCAUACGCAAAGAAUUUAAUGGGUGAUUUACCAGCGACUAGAAUUAUUCGAGACGGAUUUGAACCGCGCCACGCCUCUCCAUACGCAAGGAAUUUAAUGGGUGAUUUACCAGUACCUAGAAACACUCAUACUGGAUAUGAACCGCGCCGCUUAUCCCCAUAUGCCAGUCGUUCAAAUAAUUUAAUGGGAGAUUUGCCAGAUGUUCAACACAGUCGGGAAACUUGUGAACCUCACUAUAUUCCUGUGAAAUUUAAUCGUUCAAAUAAUUUAUCGAGUAAUGUGCCAGAACCUAGAAUUAUUCGAGACGGAUUUGAACCGCGCCACGCCUCUCCAUACGCAAGGAAUUUAAUGGGUGAUUUACCAGUACCUAGUUCUGUUUCUAAUAAUGGAAACACAUAUUCAUACUCUAUUCCACAACGUCCUAAUUUGAAAAUAGUUCGCGAAGAGGAUACAUAUAACAGAUAUCUGGAUUAG